AGGUAAUGGAAUCGUCCUGCUCGACACCAGGGUCGAGCCGUUCACGUUCAGCGGCAGGUUUACGCCUGCCACUUCACCUACAACAACCAUCAUCCAGUAAUUCAGGUCCAGCCGUAGUCAGCCCCUCAAUACAUAAUAUACGACCGGGUCAAACUUAUGUCACCGUACAAACACUUACCAAAGAAAAUCUAGUGAUUGUCGUCAAUCAAAAGACCAAGGUGCAUGAUGUAUUGUGGAAAUGUGGUGAGAUACUGGAGAUCACCGAAGACAAACUGUUUGGACUUGCAUUGCGUCAACCGACGGAGGGAAUAGGAGGAGACCAACCACGGCACGAGUAUUUUUUUCUCGACCCGGCGCAGAAGAUCGUCAAAUAUGCGCCAAAGCAGCCUCGAUUCUCGAACUGGCAUAACCGAAGUACAGAGAAUCGACCGCUGCUAGUGCUGUACUUUCGAGUCCGUGUGUACAUAGAUCAAGUUCGGCUGUUGUCAUGUCCAAAAGCGUUGGAGCACUACUAUCUGCAACUGAAGGACAAUUUUCUCGACCAAUGGGCGAGCCGUCAUAGCGUUUCCGAGGAAAGGUGCUGGGAAAUGGCUGCUUUAGCAUUGAAAGUGGACAAGGGAGACAAUCCUGGCGGGUAUUUCCGCGCUGAGCAGUAUUUCCCUAUAUGGGUAAUAGAUCUGCGAGGAUUAGAAUAUGUUCGAAAAUAUAUGCCCGCGGCUACGGAAGACCUCAAAGAUAUGAGUCGAAAAGACGCUAUGAUAAAGUUCGCCUUUGAAGCUAGCCGGUCACCGUUUGCGCUGAAUUGUCACCUUUACGGUCUACGACGGCACAAGAUGGAUACGGUAGAUAACGCUGUACUCGGCAUAAGUGCAAAAGGGAUAGAAAUGUGUGACAUCGGUGAUGAUGGUGAACGAAUACCUCUGCGAUCAUUGCCAUGGAAUAAAGUCACCCGACUAUCUUUCGAUCGUAAGAAACUCACCAUCGUUGGUGCCGAUACAACGAAAAUGUGCCUCUAUGCGCAGACCGAAAGUAAAGCCAGGUAUCUGCUGGAACUUUGUCGAGCCGUGCAUCAGACGUUGUUGUUUCUCUCGCAUCAAAAUUAUAAAAUCGCUCCCCUUCCGCAAUUAUUCCACGAGAAAAGCGUUGAUCGAGUCUCGACUUCGUCAAAUACCACCACAACUCCGGGAGAGCAUGAGAAAGACAGCGACUCCUUGCUACACGACUCAUUGAGCAGCUCUGGUGAUCGAGGUCAAGGAUCGGUAUCGUCAAAGCAAAGAGUCCGCAUCAAGUUGGAUUCAAAUUUGGAUCUGAAGAUUGAGAAAAUGGAGCUAGAACACAUCCGUCAAGAGCGUGCCGCUAGUCAGUCCAGCAAAACAAGUGACUCAAGUGAGCAUACUGAUCAAAGACAUCCACCGUCAACGGGAUCAGAUCCAGGCGAUAAUCAUGAGCAGAAUAUCCACCACGCCGCCGAUGCUACCAAUGUCCGACCCGCUAGUGUGGAUUCGGCGUCACAGACCGUCGAGACCGGCACCCGCUGCGGUCCAGUUGAUGUAAAUUUCAAUCUGAAAAAUGGCAUCACAGCGUCCGAUCUGGUUAUUUUGGAAGCAUAUGGGAUACCCUAUCAGGGUGAGCUACAGUACUCAUCUUCUGGCGGUUCUCGAAGCGAUUCCGUGCAACAUUCUAACGAAAUGCUUCCGGAGAGUAUGCUCCACAGCUAUCACCACGACCAGGGCUGUGCUCACUCCGAAGAUGCCGACUCGACGCUGCGCUCAUGUUUACCACAGCAAUCAUCGAUAUCGCUUCAUGACCUGCGUACGGCUGGAGUAAAUGGAAUUAAACCACCUCCUGGCUACAUCGAUGAAAGGACGGAUAAUGAGUCAAACCUCAUCACUGCUCCAGCGUUGAGAUGGUGUGCUGCGGACCAACAGAUACAGAGGCUAGGCGCUUCUGGACAAGCAAGAAGCGAGCCGAAAAUCGAUUCUGAUCUAUGGGGCCAUCCAUCCGUAGCGGUAUCGCUGCUCGACUCGCAAAUCGCUGCGAAUGGCGGCCGUCUCUUUACAAAGAAGACCGCAAACGGAGUGAUCAAUAGGGUUCAUUCGAUGCCCGCUCACUAUCACGUUAUCAACGGAUAUAGAACCAGCCCUAACGAAGAAGUUCCAAACGGUACAGUGCUGCCCAGCGUCACACAACCAGCUUCUCGAGGUAAAACUCGCGAUCCGCCUCCAUACGAGAGAGCUCUCGACAUUCAACGAAACGCUAAUGCUCAACUUAAUCAUCUUCAUUUACAGCCUAGCGUGGUCCAGUCCAUCGGUAUGGGACCAAUGGCUGCGGAAGCUGCCGGCGGUCAACCAGCGUUCCCUCCCGCGUCGGCUACCCACGACUACUUUAUAGAUGAGGAAGGGUUGAGCACGGAACGACUUCGUGACUUCCCAAUGAUGCAUCGACUUCUACGUGAAUCGAAUAGUCUUCUCAGUCAUCAGCGAAGACCGUCGUCAUGCAUUGACCUCACUUCAGAAUACGUGAACCACAUGGCACCACCUAUGACAACAGAUUCAGGUAAUUUCCACGUGCCACUUCAUCGAGGAGACUAUUUCCCCGAUUCAGCCGUUCACAAUUAUCCAUCACCAUACGUUAGGACAGCAAACUUAGCGCCAAUUGCCUAUCCAUGGCGACCACCGCCACCAGCCGCAGUUAUGGAUCUACCACCACCACCACCGUAUCCAGCUGGACGAAAAGCGCCAAUGGUAAUGUGAUGGGGUGGAGCCUGCAGUGUGUUCAUGUGAACGAGUUUACCGGACGUGUGGUGAUGUCGCCCACUUUGUCCGAUUUGACGCGACACUAGCAAAUUAGCGAUUAGCGAGUAGUACAAUCUUUUACUCAGCGCACGCGACGCGUCAACCUGCCAAACCUAAUUUUUCUACCUCCUUCUACUCUCAUUUUUGUUUCCUUUUUGCUCUUCUUCGCUGCUGUACCAUAGCGCGCGCCAGACGCUCGCGUUUUUUCUUUAUUUAGAUUUUUAUUAUUGACGAAUUAAGAUGAAACGAAGAGACCGAGAUCAUACCUUACGAUGUACUGCAUUCUAUUUAAUCUUGUUAAUUUGUCCUCUCUAUUCCAAACACGUGUUGAUAUUUUGCUCCCCCUUUCGCUUGUUUCUAUCUUCUCUGCUUUUUUCUGCAUUUUCUUCUUCCUCUACUUUGCGACUGUUUGUCGGUGCUCGAUUCACUUGCCAUGCAUCUACUUAUACAGCAUACAAAGCGCGCUUGCUCCAACGAGGAAAAGCUCAAUUACGAAUUUUUAUUAUUCAUAU